AUGGAUCAGGCAGAGGGUCAAACUACGCAUCACAGCGAAGCAAAGCCCUCCCGGCAGGGAGAGGACCUGUGCCACCGAUUGUCAGAAACCAACAAAGUGGCCCAUGCUGCUAAGAAAGGCACCUCAAAGAAUAUGAAUUCAUGCGAUGGCCGAAGCAAACAAAACAGUACAAUUCAGAAAACACCUAAGAAGAAGGUUGCAAUCACUCCGGACGGACUAAGUGGCACCAAAGAAGACUCUGAUGAAUCGUCAUCGGAUGAGGACCUUAGUCUUGAUGAAGAUUCUAGUUCUGAUUCUGAAGAUGGUGAAGAAGAUUCAGUUAAGUCCAAAAGCAUGAAGUCCACCAAGUCCUCCAGGUCAAGUAAAAAGAUUCGCGACAGACCCAAAAAAGCCCGGUCAAAAGCGAAAAGGUCUACUAAGAAGAAGUAUCUAGCUUCGGACUCAGAUUCAUCGGAAUCCUCAGACACCGAAUCUGAUGAAGGAAGCGAUGGAGGACCAAGUGACAAGGCAGAUGAAUUCAAUCUCAAGCAAGAACUCCUUGCUCUGAAGACCCAAAUCGCGCUCCUUACCGACCAGCAAGCCUCCCUUCACGGAGGCUUCGGGCAUCCCACCAAUACCUCAUCAAAUCCUUAUAUGGGCACCAUGCCUGGUGCACCUAUGCUGCUGAACGGGCUUCCCACAAGAUCUGCUCUAGACCUCUCAGAUCUCACUUCCCAAGCAUCCAAUCGAGGAAAGAAACGGGUCGAUUUAGACACUCUUUUGGGGCAGGCUCGCAUGCGCAAACUAUUGGGCGCCAACGGCUCCGACACCCAGAGAGUCGCGGUAGCCAGUACUGAGAAAACGAAGAAGAAAACGCUGAUGCGCGCGGAGUUCAAGAGGGUCGAUUGGGUUUGGGACACCUCGUCCUACCAGUUUAGGCUCCAAGACAGCGCCGAAGUUACGUCCGAUGCUCAAUAUGAUGAAUUUGUCUUUCAUGUUCGGCGUAUGUUUGAUGUGGAAGGCAAGUACAGGAAGACCUGUGUUGACAUCAAAUCCAAACUCCUGCGAGAGUGUUUACAUGAUGUUAUCGGCAAUAUUCAAGGUGUAAGUCUCGUGGAUGAGACGCCGAAGUUGGAUCCGAAUCUCCUUUUCCUGUAUCUUGACGAGCUUCGCAUACAUUUGAAGGCAUUGAAGGAUCUAGAGCCAGCUGGAGACACUAAGAAGGUGCGCCAGAAGAAUCAAAAACGCCUUGACGACAAGCGGAAACACCUCAAGGUCCUUAUCAAGUAUCUUGACCAUGACUAUGCGAGUUUGAAAGCCAGCUUGAUUCCGAUGCUUCAGAAUGGGCUCAUAACAUUUGAGCUCCUGUGGGCUUUGUGGAAACCGGGCACGCUUGCCUACAGCCCGACGUACGGUAACAGUGACAUUCCUCGCGUGUUCAGAGUUGAGGCAUCUGAGCGUCAUAAUUCCCUGACAAAAGGCGAAUUUUACUUCAUUGACGGCAAAUAUUUUGAGUACGAUGGAAAACGGUUUGGACUGGGGAACGUAUCCGAGGACGUCUUGGAGUUCACCGGAGCCCGGAAGAUUACAUCUCUUCCAUGCUACCCCCUAGCAUACUGCGCCAAUGAAGCCGCGAUUCGGAAAGAGCUUGUCGAGCGUGGAAAAAAAUUUGUUAUUCUCAGUGGCAUGCACUAUCGAGGGUACAAUGGAAUGGCCUACCUGAAACGCAAAAAGGGAACUGUCCGCUUCAACAUUCAGAACAGUCGCAUCAUGAUCGACCCAGCCACCUUUCGGCGCAUCAAUCCCAACUACUAUGUGUCUCACGUCCGACCUCAGGACCACGACAUUAUCAGCUCUGGCGCCUCGGAGGAAGAUGAUGACGAGGGUCAUGGGUGUAACGACGGUGAUUCUUCCGAGAACGGCGACAGCCAAAUCAGACAUAUUACCAAGGUGGUUAAAGACAAAAAUGGAGACAUUCAUAUGGUCAGGAUGGACAAAGCUUCGCUUGCAGGGAAGAGAAGGGAACAAAAUCUAGAGGAUAUACCCGCCAAGAGCGACGAUUCCAAGGACAAGAAUCAUGAGAACAGCGCUACAAGUGAGCCAGCGGAGAAAGGCUCAACAAGCCACAUCGAGGACAAAUCCUCAAGUGAUACCCCCAAUAAUGUUGAGGAUGAGAAAAGUAAAGACCAGGCAGAGACACCCAACCCUACGUUUACGGAUGAAGAGUAUCUCAUUGCCUCUCCACUGGUUUUGGGCUUCUCUUUUGCCGAGAAGCAAUGGCUCGAAUUCUCAGUUGCAGACGUUCGGGAUAUACAGUGGAACGACCAAGCGUGGGACUCACUCGUCCUAGAUCCGGAGACGAAGGAUCUAAUCCGAGCCCUCGUGGAGUCGCGCAAGUUCAACGCGGCAACGAAGAUUGAUGAUGUUAUUCAGGGAAAAGGGAAAGGUCUCGUCACUGUACUUCACGGUCCACCUGGUGUCGGGAAAACAUUAACUGCUGAGGGUAUCAGCGAGCUUUUGAAGUGCCCUUUGUACAUGGCCUCAGCAGGGGAGCUAGGGACUGACUCCAGGUUCCUCGAGCAUGAAUUGCAGAAAAUCCUGGAUAUUUGUCACACAUGGGGUGCAAUUUUGCUCCUUGAUGAAGCUGAUGUCUUCUUGGAAAAACGGAACAUGCAGGAUAUUCACCGCAACGCUCUUGUGAGCAUCUUUCUACGUCAACUCGAGUACUUCCAAGGUAUUCUUUUCCUGACAACUAAUCGAGUUGAGACAUUUGAUGAGGCCUUUCAAUCCCGAAUCCACAUUGCUCUUCGAUAUGAAAAGCUUGAUGUGAAAGCAAAGAAGGCUGUUUUCAAGUUGUUCAUUGAUCGUGUUCAAGAACAUGGGCGGUUUGCCAUGAAGCCUCUCGAGGAUCAUGAACUCAACACACUGGCAAAACACGACCUGAACGGCCGAGAAAUCAAGAAUGUCGUGGGCUCAGCUCAGGACUUGGCUGCGAACCGCGGCGAAGCACUCAGCAUGAAGCAUAUUAACCAGGUGCUUGAAGUCCAUGCCAAGUUUGGUAGAGAUCUAAAAGGCGGAACAGGGUUUGAAGACGCGAUGAGAAGCUAUUUCUAA